AUUGGCUUGCAGGAACACAAAACUCGAUAUUGACCAUGCCCCCGAAGAAGGCCGUUGAAGCUGAACCCUCCGCCGCCCGCUUCGGCCGCGCCGGCAACUCGCUCAAGAUGGGCCUCGUCGGCCUCCCCAACGUGGGCAAGUCCUCGCUCUUCAACCUCCUCACGGCGCAGGCGGUGGCUGCCGAGAACUUUCCGUUCUGCACGAUCGACCCGAACGAGGCGCGCUGCGCCGUGCCCGACGAGCGCUACGAGUGGCUCUGCAAGGUGUGGCAGCCGCCGAGCGAGUACCCUGCGUACCUCCAGUGCACGGACAUUGCCGGCCUCAUCCGCGGCGCCAGCGAAGGCGCCGGCCUCGGCAACGCCUUCCUCUCGCACAUCCAGGCCGUCGAUGGCAUCUUCCACAUCGUCCGCGCCUUUGAGAGCGACGAAGUCGUGCACGUCGACGACUCGGUUGACCCGAUCCGCGAUCUCGAGACGAUCCAGGGCGAGCUCUGCAAGAAGGACUUGGCGUACGUGCUUGGCCAGCGCAAGGCGCGUGAGGCCGACGUGCGCAAAAACCCGACGAUGAAGCUGCCGCCACUCUUCUUCUCGGUCAUGGACGAGGUCCAAGAAAUGCUCGAGAACAACGUUGGCAUCGCCUCCAAGGCUGGCUGGACGGCGCCGGAGGUCGAGAAGAUCAACGAGCUCAUCCCGGCCUGCAUCACGACCAAGCCCAUCAUCUACUGCGUCAACAUGAGCAAGCGCGAUUUCCUCCGCAAGGGCAACAAGUGGCUCGUGCCCAUCAAGCAGUGGAUCGACACGCACGGCGGCGGCGUCAUGAUCCCGUUCUCGAUCGAGUACGAGCAGGAGCUCUGGGCCAACCGCGCCAACCCGGUCGCAGACGCUGCCCCGUCCGUGCUGCCGCGCAUCAUCAAGGUCGGCUACAAGCAGCUCAACCUCAUGUACUACUUCACGGCCGGCGAGAAGGAGGUGCGGUGCUGGACCGUGCGCAAGGGUGCCCUCGCGCCCCAGGCCGCCGGUGUGAUCCACUCGGACUUUGAGCGCGGAUUCAUCAAGGCCGAGGUCGUCGCGUUUGACGACUUCAAGGAGCUCUCGGAAGGCGACAAGCGCGGCAUGGCCAAGGUCAAGGCCGCCGGCAAGUACCGCCAGGAAGGCAAGACGUACGUGGUCCAGGACGGUGACAUCAUCCACUUCCAGUUCAACGUCACCAACAAGAAGAAGUAGAGAGCGUCGUUUUCUAUCAGUUUAUCAACACAGGGAUAUUCUAUUGCAAGC